UACCACACUCUGCCACACAUGAAUGAAACAGCAGUCGUUUCCCUAAGAAUUAAACAUUUGGCUGUUUCUUAUGGACUUUUACCCUUCAUAACUCUAUAGCCGUCCCCUAUUUGAAACACGUAAAAUGUUUACAGAACAAGAUUACUUUUGUUUUCCAACAGAACGGCUAGAACCCAUUGCGCAGGAGACGGAGUUAACGGACUAGUUGCGGAGGAGAACUGUUGUAGCCUAUGCAGCGGGGCACGCGAACAUAUCGCUGAACUUCACCCUUUCUUGAAGCACGUGCACUAUUGGUUAUCGGUAACGGAGUUAAUUUAUAAUUACUACAUUGACGUCUGCGGUUUACUACACUUCAAUGGUCGGUGGAUUUGGUGUUUUCUCUUUCUUCUAAAAAUGAUUGCUGUUAACACAGACUAUUCAACUAUGGUGAGAAGAUGCCUCCUCACGUUCAAACCAUUCAGGAUCUUUGUGGUGGGGAUUGGCUUCUUCAGCCUGUGCUUCCUAAUGACCUCCCUGGGGGGGCAGUUCUCUGCCAAACGACCCGGAGACUCUCCCUUCACCAUCAGAGCUGAAGUGCUGGGAGGGCCAGAAUCUCGCGGAGUGCUAAGGAAGAUCAGUGAUAUGCUCGAGGUCAUCAUGAAGAAGAUGGACACUUUGUCCAAACUGGGCAACAUCACCACUGGCUCACACAGGCUGGAGGAUCUCAGCUCAGCACUGGACAGGAUCCAGCCAGUGGGUCUGGUGGAGAGGAUCCAGGCUAUCGCUCAGAACAUGUCUGACAUGGCUGUGAGGGUGGAGCAGAUCCUACAGCGCAGCAUCGCUACAAACAGAGUUAGAGAUGGUGCAACAGGACAGUGUGAGGUACCCAAAGACCCUCGCUACCCAGACUGCCCCAGCAAGGUGGACUGGAUGCGUGCACGCUGGACCUCGGACCCAUGCUAUGCCUUCUACGGAGUGGACGGCUCUGACUGCUCCUUCCUGAUCUACCUGAGCGAGGUGGAGUGGUUCUGCCCUCCGCUGGCCUGGAGAAACCAGACCACCACGCCCACACACAAACCCUUCCCCAGGCGACAGUCUACAUUCCGGUCGGACGUCGGGGCCCUCCUAGAGCAGGUGGGCACGGGCAAGGAGUCUCUGAGUUUCAUGAAGAGGAGGAUGCGGAGUUUGGCUGCACAGUGGGCCCUGGCAGCUCGCAAGCUGGACGUCAGUCUGCAGAGUCACAGGAAGGAGGAGAAGAGGAUCCUGGUACAUGUGGGCUUCCUGACAGAGGAGUCAGGAGAUGUGUUCAGCCCCAAGGUACUGAAGGGAGGUCCUCUGGGGGAGAUGGUCCAGUGGGCCGACAUCCUCACUGCUCUCCACAUUCUGGGACACAACCUGAGGAUCUCCGUUUCCCUCAAAGAGCUGCAGGGAUUCCUUGGGGUUCCCCCAGGAAGAGGAAGCUGCCCGCUGACAGGACCUCUGCCCUUUGACCUCAUCUACACCGACUAUCACGGCCUGCAGCAGAUGAGGCAGCACAUGGGGCUCUCCCUGAGGAAGCACAAGUGUCACAUACGUGUGAUUGACACGUUUGGCACAGAGCCAGCCUACAACCACGAGGACUACGCUACCAUGAACGGCUACAGAACCAACUGGGGCUACUGGAAUCUCAACUGCAGGCAGUACAUGACCAUGUUCCCACACACUCCGGACAACUCCUUUAUGGGUUUUGUGGCCGAGGAGCUGAAUGAGACAGAGAGGCUGAGCAUCCAGAAGAGCAAGGUGGACAACAUGGCUGUGGUGUACGGAAAAGAGGCCAGCAUGUGGAAGCUCCAAGGUAAGGAAAAGUUCCUGUCCAUCCUCCACCGCUACAUGGAGAUUCAUGGUACAGUCUACUAUGAGACACAGCGCCCUCCAGAGGUACCUGCCUUUGUCAAAAACCACGGCCUGCUACCCCAACAGGAGUUGCAACAGCUGCUUAAAAAGGCCAAGCUCUUCGUUGGAUUUGGGUUCCCAUAUGAAGGACCAGCUCCGUUAGAGGCCAUAGCCAAUGGCUGCAUCUUCCUUCAGCCCAAGUUUAAGCCAUCCCAUAGUUCCCUGAACCACGAGUUCUUCCGAGGGAAACCCACUUCCAGGCAGGUCUCGUCCCAGCACCCAUAUGCAGAGCAGUAUAUAGGCAGGCCACACGUCAUUACCGUGGAUUUCAACAACUCCCAAGAGUUUGAUGCUGCAAUACUUGAGAUCAUGAGAACCAAGGUGGAGCCGUAUCUGCCCUAUGAGUACACCUGUGAAGGAAUGCUGGAGAGAGUACAUGCUUACAUCCAGAACCAGGAAUUCUGCUCACCAGAAGCUCCGUUUCCCUCAGCGAAUGCUUCAAAGAGUUGGCCAGGCAGCCCCCCAAGACCGUUCGUUCAUUUGUCCAACUCCAGCACCCUAGCCUGGGCUCCCAAUAUCAGCGCUCCACCUUCCUGGCCCCCGCUCAGCGCCCUGCAGCUGUUGGCCUCUCUGGAGGGCCAGUCAUGUGUGGAGGCGUGCCAGAGCACAGGCCUAAUCUGUGAGCCCGCCUUCUACCGCUUCAUCAACAUCAAGGAGGCCUUCAGUGGGCUGAAAGUGCAAUGUGUGGGGUUGGAGACUGAGAUGAACCACAUCUUCCCAGCCUUCUCCGUGGAGCGCAGUGAGUGCGGCCUUCAGAAAGACCCUCUGCUGUUCAGCUGUGCAGGGGCCAAUGCCAAGUACCACCGCCUCUGUCCCUGCCGAGACUACCGCAAGGGCCAGGUGGCAUUGUGCAGGGACUGCUAAUGACCAUGAUUGAGGGGGAAGAUGACCUGCCACCCUCAGUCUGGUCCAUCCCAGCAGCCCUUCCUGUCGGUGGGAGGGACACUGAGGAAGAUGGCCCUGCUAGAGGUCACUGGGAGCUGGGGCUCACCAACUCAAAGGGACCAGCAGGGACAGUUUUAGUAAAGUAGAGGAGCAGUAUAGCCUAGAAACGAGCGCUGCUGGUAUUGUUGUAGCAUAGGUUGGAAUUCCUCUCAGAACUCCACAGUUUGAUUUAUGUUAAAGUGAGAUAAAUGAGACUCCAUACCUGAAUAUCUGACCACGAGUCUGGUGUACUGAUUACCAAAAACUCACGAAAGGGCUGCUCAACAAAAUGGGUCGCUGACAUGGUAAUGCAUCUCAGGGAAAUGCAUGGUUGUACAGGACCCUGCUAAAGUAAUGAAGCUGUUGUUCAUUGAAAAAUUUAAAGAAUUUGGAUUGAAUGUUAGUCCAACACGAAUGUUCAUGAUUAACACAUAAAUAAAAGGGAUUCAAAAUGACAUCUCUGUUAAUUAUAUUUCAGUUCUACAGUAUAGUUGCUAGUAUCUGUAUUGCAUUAAGUGAUUUGCAGAUACUACUGUAUGUUUGGUAAAGUUAUUUGAUCAUAGUGCAUUAGUACUGUAGAUAUGCUCUUAGAUGUCCUAUUUUCCAUGUCUUAUAAAUGUGUAUAUUUGUACAUAAGUGUU